AUGCCAUCCGUGUACGCCUACUCCGAAUCCACAGACGUUGCCAAUUCCGUGGGAAGUCAUGUGUUGGCCCUCCAAAACGCCUCUUUGAAGCGUGGUUCCACCUUUAAGAUCGCUUUGUCUGGAGGCUCUUUGGGCAAAGUGUUGAAGAAGGCAUUGAUUGAUAACCCAGAAAUUGCUCAACAAGUGAAGUGGGACCAAUGGGAGGUUUAUUUCAGCGACGAGAGAUUGGUUCCUUUGGACCACCCAGACUCAAACUAUGGCUUGUUCAACGAAUUGGUAUUGGCCAACUUGCCAGCCGGUACUCCAAAACCAAAGGUCAACACCAUUAACACCGACUUGUUGACUGGACAAGAUGGACAAGUUUCCGGGGCUGAUGCUGCCAAGGAUGCUGAGAUCGCCAAGGACUACGAGGCAAAGUUGCCAAAAGACGUCAAGCUCGAUUUGGUGUUGUUGGGAUGCGGACCUGACGGCCACACAUGCUCGUUGUUUCCAGGACACCAGUUGUUGAACGAAAGAAACCAGCUAAUUGCCUACAUCAGCGACUCUCCCAAGCCUCCUCCCAGAAGAAUCACCUUCACUUUCCCUGUUCUCGAAAAGGCCACUUCCAUUGCAUUCGUUGCCGAAGGCGCUGGAAAAGCUGCUAUUUUGAAGGAUAUUUUCAACGACCCAUCGAGCAAGUUGCCAUCCAAAUUGGUGAACCAGAUCAAGGGUGUUGAUGUUGCCUGGUUCGUGGACACCAGUGCUAUUGAAGGCGUCGACAUCGUUCCUUCCAAGUACUGAAGACCAACUUUAUAAUAUAAGGCCAUCAUCUAGAUUUACGGCUUAAUACAAAUGGAUCUGACCUAAAGACGUAGUCAUCAGCUAAUUCAGUUAAUAACUAGUCGUAAGAGUAG